AUGAGUGAAGAAGAGGAAUACACGUAUUCUGACGAAGUUCAGGAUUCACACGAAAAGCUUCUUGCCGAAAAUAAGAAACUCAGAGAACAGAUUCGUGCCCUUAAAAAUAUGGAGGAUGCUGUAGAAUACGACAAAUCACUUAAAGUUGUUGGCAAAGGCGCAAAACGAUUUAAAGCUGAACUCCAAGAAUUAAACAACAAGCUUCAAAUGCUCGAAAAACAAAAGAAAUAA